AGAGGCAGAACGAGAGCGCUGAAGUCAGACAAUGAAAGGAGGGAGAACAUCGUGAGAGAAGACAGAGAACUGCCGGCAGAAACUGAAGAAAACAAAGAUGGAGUUGUGGCGGCAGUGUGCGAUGUGGUUGAUUGACUGUCGAGUUCUUCCUGAGAACCAUCGGGUCACAUUGGAGAGUGCCCAGGUGUGUGACCUGGCUCAGGUGCUGAGAGAUGGCGUGCUGCUCUGCCAGUUACUCAACAACCUGCUGCCUCAGGCCGUCAACCUGAGAGAGAUCAACCUGCGCCCACAGAUGUCCCAGUUCCUCUGCCUGAAGAACAUCCGGACGUUUCUGGGAGUUUGUCAGGAGAAGUUUCAUCUCAAAAAGAAUGAGCUGUUUGAAGCCUUUGACCUGUUUGAUGUUCGAGACUUCGCAAAGGUUAUAGACACUUUGUCCAUCCUCUCUCAUUCAUCCAUUGCUACACAAGGAAGACUCCAGCCUUUCCCUUUGGAAGGAUGCACUCCUGAUGAUGAGAUCUACAGCGGCCUGUCUGACCAGAUUGAUGACACGGUGGACGAGGAUGACGACUUGUACGACUUUGUGGAGGACGAGGAGAACGAAGGAGACGAGAUCUAUGAAGACUUGAUGAGGACGGAUGAACAACCUGAAACUCAGCUGAAGACCGGAGUAGACAAACGAGAGUGCUGCCUGCAGGAGAUCAGACAGACGGAAGAGAAAUACUCCGAUACACUGGAAUCUAUAUUACAGCACUUUAUGAAGCCUCUUCAAAAGUUUCUCCAGGUUACAGACAUGGAGAGUAUCUUCAUCAACAUAGAGGAUUUGGCCGACACCCAUCGCAAUAUGUUGGAGGAGGUCCGGAGUUCCAUCCUCGAUUACGGAGCAAAGAACCUGUACCAGGUGUUUCUGAAGUACAAGGAGAGGCUCUUACUGUACGGUCGUUACUGUAGUCAGGUGGAAGCGGCAUCAAAACACCUGGACAAGCUUACGACUACGAGGGAGGACAUAAGAAUGAAACUGGAGGAGUGUUCAAACAGAGCAAAUAGUCGACGUUUUUCUCUCAGGGAUUUACUCAUGGUCCCAAUGCAGAGGGUCCUCAAAUAUCACCUGCUGUUACAGGAGCUGAUGAAGCACACCACUGACCCUACAGAGAAGGACAACCUCCGCACAGCUCUCGACGCCAUGAGAGACUUGGCGCAGUGUGUGAACGAGGUGAAGCGAGACAACGAGAUCAUCAGACAGAUCACCACCUUCCAGUUGUCCAUAGAAAACAUGUCUCAGUCUCUAGCUUUAUAUGGUCGGCCCAAGAUCGACGGAGAGCUGAAGAUCUGCAUCCCGGAGAAAAAGUCUAAACAGGACAGGUAUGCGUUCCUCUUCGAUAAGGCCAUGUUCAUCUGUAAGAAGAAGAGCGGAGAGACGUUUGAGCUAAAGGAGAUCAUUGAACUACAGUACUACCAGAUACGAGACGAAACCACAGGAGAAAAAGACAAUAAGAAGUGGUCCUAUUUGUUCCUUCUGCUGGACUGCAACGGGCGGAGUGGGUACGAUUUAUUCUUCAAAACCAGAGAACUGAAGAAGAAAUGGCUGGAACAGUUUGAGAUGGCUCAGUCGAAUAUGUGUCCAGAUAACUCCACAGCCAACAACCACGACUUCCAGAUGCACUGCUUCGAGGAGACCACCUCCUGCAAGGCCUGCUCGAUGCUAUUAAGAGGGAUAUUUUACCAGGGCUAUCACUGCACUCGCUGUAAAAUGACUGCACAUAAAGAGUGUUUAGGCAGAGUCCCUGCCUGCGGACGAAACUCAGAUCAUGCUGGUACUCUGAAGAAGAAUAAACAGAGGUCCUCCGGACAUUCAAGCACUGGAUUUCCUAAGAUGGAGGUGUGUCAAGAGUAUUAUGGCUUGCCUCCGCCCCCCGUGGGCUUCGGUCAACCGCUACACCUCUGCAAAGGUGACAUCAUUGAGCUGACCCGGGCGGAUGCAGACUUGCCUUGGUGGGAGGGAAGGAACCUGACAGUCGGUCAGAUGGGAUGGUUCCCCUGCCAAAAGGUUCAGCCCAUCAUCUCUAGGCAGAACCCUGACCUGUCUGGAUUCAACUGGUUUGCGGGGAACAUGGACAGAACCGCAGCCAAGAACCUGCUAAUGUCCCGGUCCGAUGGAACAUUCCUCGUGCGGCAGAAAGAUGGAGGAGAGUUUGCUAUCAGCCUCAAGUUCAACAUGGACACCAGACACAUUAAGGUCACGUCCAAUGAAGGCCUGUACCGCAUCAAUGACAAGAAAGCCUUCAAGGGUAUAAUUGAGAUGAUUCAGUUUUACCAGCAGAACUCUUUGAAGGAAUACUUUAAGGAUGUGGACACCACGCUGUGUACGCCUUACAAACAACCAGAGGAAAGCAACUCGCCUAACGACACGCCACAGACCACGGCAAACACAACACCAGGAGGCAGCCUGAGGACUUUGGGCCAGGUGAGGGCCAGGUAUGACUUCUCAGCCAGGGACCGCUCAGAGCUGUCGCUGCGGGAAGGAGACACCAUCAAGAUCCUCUCCAAGAAAGUUCACAGUGGUUGGUGGAAAGGAGAGGUGUACGGCCGGGUGGGGUUCUUUCCAGCCAACUACGUGGAGGAGGACUACUCUGACUACUGCUGAUGUGGCUCCAGGGGAGAUGUAUAGACCCAAACUGUAUGUGUGGAGGUCUACGUGAUACCUGGUUUCCAUCGAUUGCAUUAACCCAUAUGCACCAGUGUGGCUGUGUGCGAGUGAGAAAGAAAGAUGCUGUUACUUGUGAUCUAAUGACUGUCUAGUGUUGUGAAUAAAAGUUUUGUCCGGU